AUGGAACGGUGGUGGCAGCUCCUGUUAGGGCUGUGGAUAGUCACGCCGCCCACCUGGGCUGGGGAUGAGCUGCUCAAUGUCUGCAUGAACACCAAACACCACAAGAGAGAGCCUGGCCCAGAAGACAAGCUCUACGAGGAGUGCCUCCCCUGGCAAGGCAAUGCCUGCUGCACGGCGGGCACCAGCUGGGAAGCCCAUCUGGACGUGUCCCUGCUCUACAACUUCAGCUUGCUCCACUGUGGGGUGAUGAUGCCAGGCUGCGAGAAGCACUUCCUCCAGGCCGUCUGCUUCUACCAGUGCUCCCCGAAUCUGGGGCCUUGGAUCCGGAAGGUCAGAAGGCUGGGCCAGGGAGGCGGGAGGCAUAUGGACUCGGGCGGGCCAGGAGAGCGAAUUCUGGAUGCGCCCCUGUGCCAGGAGGACUGUGAGCAGUGGUGGGAAGACUGCCGUACAUCUUACACUUGCAAAUCCAACUGGCAUGGCGACUGGGACUGGAGUGGGGGGAAGAACCGCUGCCCUGCAAGGGCUGUCUGCCGCCCUUUCCCCCAUUACUUCCCCACCCCGGCUGACCUGUGUGAGAAGAUUUGGAGCCGCUCCUUCAAGGCGAGCCCCGAGCACCGGGGCAGCGGACAGUGCCUGCAGAAGUGGUUUGAGCCUGCUCAGUGCAACCCCAAUGUGGCUGUGGCCCGCCUGUUUGCCAGCACGGCCCCGUCCUGGGAAGGCUCCUACACGCUCAUGGCCUUCUCCCUGCUCCUGUCGUUCCUAUCCCAAAGCCCCUUCUUCUCCCACCUGCAGACCUGUACUCCCCCAGCUGUGGGUCAGGCUGCGCCAUGGCAGCCCCCUUUCUUGGGUCCUUCCUUAAGAGCAGCAUGGGCUGGGGGACGAGGGGGACACUGA